GUGUUAUUAACAGAGGAAUAAUACCACUUGGCAACUCUACCAUUUUUAUAAACAAAUUUUCACGGCACAGGAGAAAUCCCUAAUAAAUUAACUAAAAGAAAAUAAAGCCGUUGAAAUUAUUUCACCUAGCCUGGACCCUUAGGAUCAUUUAAGCCUGUGCUAGAUUUGUGAAAUAAAAUGAGUAGCGGAAAGGCCAAAAAACACGGCAAAGCCGACCAAAUACCCAAGCCCAUUAGCAUAAAAAAGGAAAAAGUGGAGGAGGACCGACAACUACAUCCAAUUUCUCACUAUAUAGACGACCGACUGGAGCUGGUGAAGCAAAUUUUUGGUACUCUAAAACCGAAAACCAUUCUCAACCUGGCACCCGAGUUCUUAAAGAAAACACCCCUGGAUGAAAUCGAGGAACUGUGCCUGGAGGAGCUGCUCUGCUUGUCCACAAAGCGGCUGAAAUCCAUCAUCGAAAAUACGCGUUGUCCUACAGAUACAGAGAGCUCAGAGGAUUCUGAUGUCGAACACAAGGAGGAACACAUUUCUCUGGAGGAGAUCUCUUCAGAUAGCGACAUUGGAGGGCAGGAAUCACGGCGAGCCAAGAAGAAGCUCAAGUCGAAAAAGGCGAAUAAUGGGAAUGAAAACAAGGCUGAUGGCCAGAUGAGUGUUCUGGAACUACUGGAGCUCCAGGCACGUGCCCGGGCCAUUCGCUCCCAACUGGCUAUGGAGCCCAUAACCAAAAUCGAGGUCAAGUCGGAUGAUGAUGACGAAAGUCCUGAGAAACCAGUGCAGCGUAGGGAGAAAGAGAAACGCAGCAAGAAGAACACUGAAACAGGAAAACGUAAAUCCCAGGAACAACCUCAGGCUAAGGAAUCCAAAAAAGAUGAGGAAGUGGUAGAAGAGGCGCCGCGUAAAAAGAUCAAAAUAAAGCGAAACUAUCGACAAGCCACCGUGUCACCCGAAAAAGAGGCUGCCAAAUCCAGUCCACCAACAGUUUCUGCUCCUCCGGAGGAAUCCACCAAGAAAAAAUCACGUUCCAAGUCGCGUUCUGCCUCGCUGGAUGUCAUUCCCAUACAAACCGAAACAGAAACACUUCUGAUUAGCGACAGCACCGACGACGAGGGUACGAAAAAGGAUCAGCCCAAGGAAGCUGAGGCUCCAGUGUCAGUUCAACCGCAAGUUCCAGAAGUGGAAAGUGAACCGGAAGAAGGGGAAGUUCGUGAUGAGCCGGAAGAGAUAGCUAAGCCUGAAGAAACCCCUAAGCCCGAUGAACGUACCCAGAGUAAAGAACCAGAAAAGUCGGAGGACUCUCAGAAAACUGAGAAAUCAGAAGAAUCAACAAAAGCAGAAGUCAAACCUGCAGAAGAGAAAGAAGCCCCACCGGACAAUUCUGAGCAAACAGCUCUUGAUGAUGAAGAUCAAAACGACGAUGUCAUUUCAAUAGGCGGUGACCUGGAAAUGAUUGAAGAAAUGACAAAGGACGAAGAACCUCCCACUUUGUCGAACAUCAAAAGCGAAAAGUCUGAAAAACAAGAGCCUGAAGAACAGGACAACGAUGUGAUCUCACUGGACACUAGCGAAGAUGAGCGCGAAAAGCUGCAGCCCAACGACUCUGAGUCCUGGCGUACACGCUACCUGAAGAGCUCCAAGGUCAGCCAAGUCCUGGCAGCCUCGAGGUUGGGGAAACGCGUGCGCGACAAAAUAAAGAAAUCGAAGCGCAGCAAAGCCACCGACUGCGAUGAUCAGGAGAAGUCUUCCAAACAGCAAGAGGUGUUCACCUCCAAACACGAAGAUGGCUCCAUAGAGCAAUACCAGGAGCUGCUGCAGCACCGGCAGCGCAAGUCUUCCAACAGCAAGGCCGACAAGUAGAAAGCGUACCCGAAUUUUUAUUGAAAAGUUGGCCAUUAUCGCAAAGCUUUGUUUUAUAUGGCAUAUAAAAAAAGUGAAAUAAAAUACCACUGGUGGCUCUCUGUCCCCGGGGGGGCAGUGGUAGCGGGAAACGUACAAAAUUUUAAUAUAUCGUGCUAAGCGCAUAUUUGAUUUCU